AUGGUUUUGUUUUCUCCAUCUCCAUAUAUCUUUGUUUUCAGCUUAACAUGUUUUUUCAAUGCAUCAAGAGUAAAGGAAGAAGAUUGUGGUGCUUUUGCAGCAGAUUGUGUUGUACUUUGUUGCUGCUGCGAGUGCUUUAUACUACAAGUCUUUAUCUUCGUCUUCUUCAAGGUUCCUUGUAAACUUGCACAUAAAAUGAAGAGAUUUGUGACCAGAAGGCUUCGAGGAAAGAAGAGAAGCAACGCAAAGAUCUUCCUACCGACAAAGGAGGAUGAUUGCAGAGACAGAGAGGAGCAUGUGUCGAAAUUAAGUUGCAUGCAAGACAUUGAGGAGAUGAUGCAUGAACUUUCCAUGAAAGGAGAGUUUGUGUUUGGGAGUUUCUGGAGACAGGGAGACUCUGCAAAUGAUUUGGAUUUCGGAAACUCACAGUUCGAAAUAGCUACAUACAGAGAUCAUCAUUCCUUGUCAUUGCUCAUUGCACAAGAUGUCUUAUUGGAUUCAAGAAUCCACAUAAUGAAGCGUUAAGAGGACUGAAACAAAAAGCUGUUCUGUAAACACAAUUUACCGGACCUGUAAGAUCUCCUUUCAUGACCAGUCAAGAAUCAGAAUGUACAACAACUAGUUGGUAAGCCUUCUUCGGUCCAGAGUCUGAAGCAAGAAAGCUUCUUCCUUCCACAUUUAUAUGGUUCUAUUUACAUUCUGUGAGCCAGUUGAAUAUGAAAGACCUAUUCAAGAGGAGACAGGUUGAUUACGUUGUCAUGAUUCAGGCUCAGAUCUCCUGACUGAUCUCUUUUUAGCUUCUAAUCUGGCAGUGAACCCAAUUGUUGUAGGUCUUAUCGAUCUUUGCCUUACCAUAUCACAGUACUCCGGGUCGUUACACUACUAUUUGGCACUAAUAGUAGUUACAAUAGCAGAGACGAAAACGUGUAAAUAUCAUACACACAGAUUUGUUUUUUCUUUUUCUUUCGCCAUUGGAGGCAGCAACAACCCAUCAAUAACAUCCCAGUAAGAGUGCUUAAAACAGUAAGAGUCUCUCUCUCCGGUUUUGUUUCUUCUUUGAUUUGUGUUCAUCUUACUGUUUCCAUGUGGUGAAACUAAAGAGACUACCAAAACAGAGGAUUACAGAGGAGCAUGUGGUUGAAGAGAGCUGAGAAAAAAGGGAAAGCUUCGUUUUCUUACAUGGAACUACUUUUGUAAAAAAAAAAAAAAAAACCUACUUUUGUAUCUAUAUUUUUUUUAUACCUUUACCUUCAAGUUUGCAUAUU